UGGAAAACCAGCUGUAUGUUUUCGUUUAACCAUCAUUUUUACAAAAUGUAUAAAAGAAUUUUGUUAAAAAAAAAUCUUUCCGGGGGGUUUUCAAGUCAGAAACAAACCGCCAAAGUUUUCAUGCAAAAUUGGAAGAGUGUCGUCGGCUUAGAAGUGCACGCACAACUGCUUACCGAUUCAAAACUCUUCUCAGGUAGUAACAAUUCAUUUGGGACACCACUUAAUUCAGCUGUCUCGUAUUUUGAUGCUUCUUUGCCAGGCACGUUGCCGGUACUGAAUCGGAAAUGCGUUGAGCUGGGAUUAAAGACAGCGAUUGCGCUUAACUGCCGCAUCAAUGAAAUAUCAAUGUUUGAUCGCAAACAUUAUUUUUAUGCGGACUUGCCGGUUGGGUACCAAAUAACGCAACAACGCGCAGCCUUGGCAAAUGAUGGUGAGCUGACGUUUCCAGUCAUUGUACCGGGGAAAAAGACAUACCAUAAAAAAGCACGCUUAUUGCAAUUACAAUUGGAACAAGACAGUGGAAAAUCGUUGCACGAUGAAGAACUUAAAAGAAGUCUUGUAGAUCUCAACCGUGCCGGUACGCCUCUUAUAGAAUUAGUGUUUGCCCCAGAAUUAGAAACUGGCGAAGAAGCAGCAUCUUUAGUCAAGGAAUUGAUAUUGAUUUUGAAGUGUUUACAGUCAUGUUCCUGUAAAAUGGAAGAGGGUGCUCUACGCGUUGAUGCUAAUGUAUCCAUUCACAGGAGUGGAGAACCUUUUGGAGUGCGCACUGAAAUUAAAAAUAUUGGAUCCGUACGGAGUAUUUCCCAGGCAAUAACAUACGAAAUACAACGACAGCUUGAUAUUGUGUCUAAGGGGGGUGUUAUCACAAAUGAAACGCGUGCAUGGGAUGCAGCAGAGCGAUGCACUGUGGCGAUGCGUGAUAAAGAAGUUUUACAAGACUAUCGCUUUAUGCCAGAACCAAAUUUACCGCCAUUACGUUUAAAUUUAACAACAACGGCAAACUCACUUAAUGAAGAUCUCAUAUCUGUUGCGUCAAUUAGCAAAGAACUGCCUGAAUUGCCAGAAGACACACGGUCAAAUCUAAUGAAAAAGUAUCAGUUAAAUCAAGAUACUGCUGUUAUUCUAGUGAAUGAAACCAGGCUGCUGCAAUACUUCUUAAAUGUAAUCGAAAAUCUUCCCGACAUACCGGCCAAACUUGUGACAAACUUUUUGAUAAAUGAUCUUCUAACUUUUUGCAAUAAAGCUAAUAUAGAUGUCGAAAGCUGCCAACUUACUUACACCCUUCUUGAGGAUAUCCUUACUGCGCUAAAUGCGGGAACCAUAAAUCUGCAAGCCGGGCGGCAGCUCAUUGAAAUAUUACAUGAAGAUCCUACCCAAAAUGUGCAAUCGGUUAUCAAAGACCGGAACCUAGAACAAAUAACUGAUGAUGAGACAAUCGAAGAACUUUGUCGGCAAGCAACUGAGCGUCACGAACAAGCUGUAAAGCAAUACAAAAGUGGCAAAAAGAAAGCUAUAUUUGCUAUUGUUGGUGAAGUGUCCAAAUUGUCUAAACAAAGGGCGAAUAUGAAAGUUGUUGUCGCUUACCUAGAGAAGAUGUUAAAACCGUAAUAAAACCAACGAAUACCAAUAGAAUUUUUUAUUUGCCCAAAGGUGUACAUAAAUUGUGUAUUUAUUUUCUUAAAUAUUCAUUCUACGAAUAUUGCAUUUUAUUUAAUUCGGUUGUUAUUGUUUUAAUAAAUAUUUGAAUUCAAAAGUG